UUAGGUCGGCCCAGCCCACAAUGCCGGAGUUUCCUCUUUGAAACUCCUAGUACUAGCUCUCCAGCUUCGUCCCCCACAAAACCCUCGGUUCCUCCCCUAACUUUAAUUACUGCCAAGUUUUCUUGCAGGCCUCCAAUUCGAAGCCUUAACAGCUUCCUCUUCUGCGAAACUGUGAAAAUCGACCUUAACAAACCUAGUUCUCCGACUCCCAUAUUAGAUCCCCAAUAAGCCCUAGCUCCCCAUGGCAUCGAAGAAAAAGCAAUUCGAAGGCAUUGCUAUGUUAUCCAUGUACAACGACGAGGAAGAAGAAGAAGAGGAGGAGGAAGGUAUGGAAGAUGUAGUAGAACAAGAAGAACAACGACCAGAAGAUGAAAAAGCUGAGCGACAAGAAUCAGUGCGAGAGCAACAAGACGAAGAUUACCGGGAUUCGAUCAUGACAGAGCAAGAAGACCUAAUGGCAAUCGACGAAAGAAUAAUUGGUGGUGAUUCUGCUAACGACGACACGCCGCCGAUUGAUAAUGAGAGUACGAUGCCACGGCUUCCGGUUCCGGUGGUGUCGCCGCAGCAAGAGGCAGCGUUGUCCGGUAGUUCGAGGAUGGGUAGAAAAGGGCAGCUUACGAUUGUGGAUUAUGGUCACGAUGAGGUUGCUAUGUCUCCUGAACCCGAGGAUGGAGAAAUAGGAGGAAGUGGUCGAGUGAUGUUUGGAGAGGAGCUUCAAAUUGCUAAUGGUAAUUUCCAUGAGAAAACGCCUGCUGGAUCUAUUCAGGCUUUAACACCUAGCAAUCAAGUAACUCCAUCAUCUGAUCCAUCACAUAAUGAUGCAAUGAACGAUGCGGUGCAUGAAUCAGACGGUGCACACUGUGAGGAUGCUGUCAUGGAACAUGAAAAAGAAGUUAAUCCAAUGGAUAAGUUUCUUCCACCACCACCAAAGGCAAAAUGCUCAGAAGAGCUACAAAGGAAAAUAAAUAAGUUUCUUGAUUACAAGAAAGCUGGAAAAAGCUUCAAUGCAGAAGUACGCAACAGGAAGGAUUAUAGGAACCCAGACUUCUUACUACAUGCAGUGAGGUAUCAAGAUAUUGAUCAAAUAGGGUCUUGCUUCAGGAAAGAUGUAUUUGAUCCUCAUGGAUAUGACAAAAACGACUACUUUGACGAAAUAGAGGCUGAUAUGAGGCGUGCAGAACAAGAAAAGAAGAAGAGUCAGAAGGUCGAAUUUGUUUCUGGAGGAACACAACCUGUAACAGUUGCACCUGCAUCAAGAAUUAAUAUACCUAUUCCAGGUGUCUCAACUGCAGCAGCUACUGGUUUGCCAUCUGCCCCACCUGUGGCUGACACUGCUACGAGGGACAUUCGACAGAACAAGAAGUCUAAGUGGGAUAAGGUGGAUGGGGAUCGAAGAAAUCCUUUGCCCUCUGGGGGGCAGGAUUCAAUUUCUUCAGCUGGGGCUCAUGCUGUACUUUUAUCUGCCGCUAAUGCUGGCGCUGGAUACAUGGCUUUUGCGCAGCAAAGACGGCGCGAGGCGGAAGAAAAAAGAUCUAGUGAAAGGAAGGCGGAGAGGAGAUCCUGAGCCAUUCAUUGUACUACUCACCAUACAACAACAUUUUUGAAAUGGAUAAAUCCGUUUUCUUUUUCCUUAGCUAAGGCCCAAGGGCAAAUGUAUGGGCUUGUAUUUUAUAUUAAACCAUACGUCCUGUCCACUUCAAAAAUGAAAAUGUAUUUUUCUCUCA